AUGGGCGAACUAAAACCCACACGCAUUUCUCUACAACUAGCUGACAGGACAGUGAAGUUUCCACUUGGUAUACUUGAAGAUGUUCCUCUUCGAGUGGGAAGAUGCACAAGUUCCCAUAAUUCUUGGAAGACCUUUUUGGCCACUGCUGGAGCCAUUAUUGACAUGAAGAAGGGUAAAAUCACUUUUGAAGUAGGUGAUGAAAAGAUGGAGUACACACUCACAAACUCCAUGACUUCUCCUUCUAUGGGAGAAACUGUUUAUAGAGUGGAUGCUCUUGAUGAGGUGAUAGAAGCGAGGCUUUCAAUCUGCAACUGGAUGAUUCGCUACAAACGGUCUUGA